GACAACUCAGCGCUUUGACCUACCCGGAAAAAAAUAGGCUGGACUUUAGUUUUUCGCGGGAACAUUUUCUGGUCUUGGAGCAGAUGGAGGGGUUAUGCGGAUCACAAUAGAAGCGAAUUAAAUCUGAAGAAUAUCGAUUAAACAGUCUCUGCAUUUUCAGAUUAAGCCAUGGACCAAAAGGAAAAGUACAAUACAUCACAUCUCAACGGAACACACAGUGAAGAUGUGGUGAAGAAAAGGCAGGACUACCUGGAGUGGCCUGAAUAUUUCAUGGCUGUUGCCUUCUUAUCAGCACAGAGGAGCAAGGACCCCAGUUCUCAGGUUGGUGCCUGUAUUGUGAAUCAAGAAAACAAGAUAGUAGGCAUUGGCUACAAUGGCAUGCCCAACGGCUGUGAUGAUGACUUGCUGCCCUGGUCUCGCAGUGCUGAUAACAAGCUGGACACCAAAUACCCCUAUGUGUGCCAUGCGGAGCUAAAUGCCAUCAUGAAUAAGAACUCAGCAGAUGUGAAGGGCUGCACCAUGUACGUGGCACUCUUCCCCUGCAACGAAUGUGCCAAACUCAUCAUUCAAGCAGGUAUAAAGGAUGUGAUAUAUUUGUCAGACAAAUACCACGACACUCCAGAAAUGACUGCGUCCCGACGGCUGCUUAACUUGGCAGGAAUCACAUACAAGCAGUUCGAGCCAAAGCGAGGCAGGAUUGUCAUAGAUUUUAAUUCAAUCAACCACUCCGGAUUGAACGGUGUCAAUGGCUUUGAGGGGAUUCAGUCACCAUAAACAAAGAAACUUGGUUUAUAACACCGAAUAUUCAAAACACAGAGAUACAUUGUUUUUCUUACCUGUGUGCUGGUGAAGGUCCUCAUGGUUUUGACAGUGAUGACUGAUGUAGACUUAUAUAGUUCACUUUUACACUUUGUUUUUAAUGUUACUCUUUGAACUUGCUGGAUUUAACUUUUGUAAAAUGUUGAAUGUAUUUCUCUUAUGUUCUGCUUCUUAAUGUAUUAAUUUCCAUGUAAGACAUAAACAGGUUAAUGGUGAUAUGGGUUGGUGUACUUUUUUAAUUGAAUCUUUUAGAGUAAUUAGUAUGAUGAGUUGACAUUAAUGAGAACAUUAAAAUCAAGCUGGAGGCUGAAAUAAAUCCUUACAUUUUGAGCUUUUUCAUGUUAUAUAAAAAGAUCAGAUGUAACUUACAUGUACAUAAAUGUAUAGUGAAAAUGUUCCUGAAUUUUUAGAUACACUACUUAGACUAACUAUACAGAAACGAUUUGUUCUGUCAAUCCACGCUUCAAAGUUCACAUUAUAUUUUGCAUGUUGUGGCGACAUUUAACCCACAAUAUUAUUUUUCUCUUAAAUAAAAAGAGCUUGUGAUGUCCCAGUUAGUUCUGACAAUUUUAAUUUUGCAAUGUAAGUUUUUAAUAGAAGAUUAAAACAUUUAAAAAUGGAAGCAUGUGUUCAGGUGGAGCUGUUUGCAACCGUUAUAUGUGGUUAUACCAGGGUCACUCAAAAUAAAACACUCAUUGUAUGUAUAUUAUAUAUUAUAAUAUAAAUCAGAACUGCCCACAUUUGGUUAUAAUCUUUGUGUCAUACUUAUUACAUUGAACUGUUUAACAUCACAUUUUUUUAACAGGUCAAAGGUCUCUUAAAACUAUAUGUUGACACAAUAAAUUCUCUCUGAGCAUAGCAUGAAAACUAUGAAGUAUUAUAACAAAGAUGGUUACAUUGCAUUGAGAGUAAUGGCAAUGAUCACAUCAUUUUGUCACUUCAAAUGAAAAAUCUAUUUCUCCAGGAAUACAGAAAUGCAGAGAUCUUGUCUUUUAAAAACAAACAAAAUCUUCAUGCAGACUGACAAGCAUUUGAUGUAAGGGGUUGUAUUGCAUUACAUUUCUUGUCAUAUGUAUGGUUUGCUCAAAAUGACUUUUCACUAUAAAUACCACUACUGAAUAUAAGACUCUGAAAGAUUAUGGUAGUUAAUACUGGUCUGUUCUCAGAAUUAAAUUACUCAUGACCUGCCUUGGAAUAAAUUUGAGUAGUAAUGUAGGUCA